CGAAGUGCGGCGAUUCCAUACUGCACCGCCCCCCCGUCUCUUCUGCUGAUGGUACGGGGCGCUGGAACCCGGUGUUUGUCUGCGGCAACCAUACCUGCCAACAGCCCGAUAACCGGGUGUUUUUGAAACAGGAGGGUGGGAAAACGGUACUGGAAGUGUUCCCCAGUAAAAGAACGGACGGCUUGUUUACCUAGCUAUAAAUGUGCUACUGUCAUUCAACAGCUAACAGAUAAAGUUAGCUAACGUGGGAUGCUGCUAGUUAUGGCGUUAGUUUUUAAUAUAUUUAUUUGGCCAUUACGUUUUAGCUAAUUUUGUGUAAAUGAAAUUAACAUUAACUUGGUCAGUAUCAGCGCAGUGACCAUAAUGCUUGUUAGCUUGCAAACAAGUUACGUCUGGUCCUCUGAAGUUAGUUAAGGUUAGCAUUAUUCUACUGUAUUUGUAUUAAUUAAUUAAUGCCCUGGUGUUUGUUUUGUAAGUCUGAUCAUUUAAGCAGAAGCAGUGUUCAAGCCUAUUUUGAAGGAGGUACUCAAAAUCAUUUACCUUUGAUGACUCUUGGACCUGACAACAGUUAGUUUGCGUGACAGGUAACGAAUUAUUUAAGUUAUCUAAUUAGCAUCUACAAGCUUAUAAUUAGUUUUCGUUUAAACCUCCAGAGCUGGAGGGUGAUUAUGAUGUUAACAGUGUUACUGUUGGCUAAAGUACAAAGUCUCUUUGAGGAGGUUUUUAACUUAACUAUUUAUCAUUUGUAGCCUGAAGCAAAGCAUCACUAAAUCCUACCUCAUAGUUUAUCUGCAAGUUAGCAUGGCCCCCAAAAAGAGACCAGUGCCCUUAAACAUUGGUCCCACCAGCGAAGGAUUAUCCUCUCCCACUAUCUCAGAUGUUGAAGCAGAGGCCAAUUUAGAAUCACUUAAAACAAUAUUGGAGGAGCUGGACCUGGAUGAACAACAGAAGAAGAGACUAGAAGCUUUUCUUACCCAGAAGGCCAAGGUCGGCGAGUUGAAAGACGAUGAUUUCUAUCGAAUCUGUGAAUUGGGUGCAGGAAAUGGAGGAGUAGUCAACAAAGAGUGCCACAAACCAUCAGGCAUAAUCAUGGCAAGAAAACUUAUUCGCCUAGAAAUUAAACCUUCAAUCAGAAACCAGAUCAUCAGAGAGCUUCAGGUCCUGCAUGAGUGUAAUUCACCCUACAUUGUGGGAUUCUAUGGAGCUUUUUACAGCGAUGGAGAGAUCAGCAUAUGCAUGGAACACAUGGACGGUGGGUCUCUGGAUCAGGUGUUGAAAGAAGCAAAGUGGAUUCCUGAAGAAAUUCUGGGUAAAGUCAGCAUUGCUGUUUUGAGAGGCCUUGCCUACCUACGAGAAAAACACCAAAUCAUGCAUAGAGAUGUGAAGCCCUCCAACAUACUGGUAAAUUCACGUGGUGAGAUCAAGCUGUGUGACUUUGGUGUGAGUGGGCAGCUCAUAGACUCUAUGGCUAAUUCCUUUGUUGGAACAAGAUCCUACAUGUCGCCCGAGAGAUUGCAGGGAACCCACUAUUCUGUGCAGUCAGAUGUGUGGAGUAUGGGUUUGUCCCUUGUAGAGCUCUCAAUCGGACGCUACCCAAUCCCCCCUCCGGAUGCUAAAGAACUGGAAGCCAUAUUUGGACGCCCCGUUUUGGAUGAUACUGAGGGAGGAGCACUCAAAACUUCACCUAGACCUAGAGCACCAGGUCAUUGUCCUGUAAUGGCCAUCUUUGAACUAUUAGACUACAUAGUCAAUGAGCCUCCUCCUAAAAUACCUGAUGGUGUAUUCACCAAUGAUUUUCAGGAUUUUGUGACAAAGUGUCUAGUGAAGAAUCCUGCUGAAAGAGCUGACUUGAAAAUGUUGAUGAACCACACAUUUAUCAAACGGUCUGAGGUAGAGGAGGUAGACUUUGCUGGCUGGCUUUGUAGAACCAUGGGACUGGACCAACCCAGCACCCCAACAUGCACUGCAGACUGAAGAUAAUCUGUAUGACAGUAUGUUAAAAACACGCUACCCACCACCAUACUCUGAUAAACUGAAAUCUCCUUGUUUUCCAUCAUCUCCUUUAGGUGAGCCUGUAAAUCCUUGAGUAACAUUCAUUUAGCAGAUAGUUUUAUCCAAAGCAACUUACAGUGGUUAGGCAGUAGCGUUAGGUGUUAUUUCAUCCCCUGGGGAAUUGAACUCUGGCCUCCUGCAUGGGAGACAGAGGCUCUGCCAGCUGAACUAUCCAUUUAAAGUAGUAUGGCUUGGCCAGUGCUGGACUAUUUAUUCUUGUAAAGCCGAUUCAGUUUCAUCUUUUUUUUUUUUUUUUAAUCCACUCUUACCCCACCAUAGUGUUCUGAUCCUGCACAUGCCAUUAAAGCUGACAAAAAUGUUUAUAAAAAUUAAAAUAAAGAUUUUGAAUACUGAAUAUGCUUUUUUUUCCUGAAUUUCUUUUAAGCUCACAGUGCACUGCAGUCCAAACUGUUAUAGCCAUAAUGAGGAAUUUGUACCGUUGUAACAAUGUUAUGCAAACACAGUGAGAAAUCUAAGAGCUUAUUUUACUGAACAGAUUCAAUUAUGGUUGCUUAACUUUUAAAUUUAUUUGAUAUUUUCUACUGUUAUUUGAGACUUUGCUUAUGAGUGUAUUUUAUUUUAUUGCUGUCUGCUUUUUUAUUGUCUGUCCUGUGCAGCACUUUGGUAAACGGAGGUUGUCUUAAGUGUGGUAAAGAAAUAAAUUUGACUUGACUUGUAUUAGGAAGAGAGGAUUGUGUGUAGAAUGUUUCUUGACAUGACUUUUUAACUCAUUUUGAGAUGUCUUGAGGUGAAGCACAAUGUUCAAACCAUUAUAGCAUGACCCUCAUGUCAAACUCUAAGUCAAAAGUAAAUAAAUAAAUAAAAACUUCAAUACACUG